UGAAACACCAACAAACUCGCGGCUGCUUGCAAUUUUAACACCGAUUUUCUGAUAAGCGAAGUUUCGAGCGCGUUUUAUAUUUGUUUUAUCGCGAAAUGUGCAAAGAAUACUACUAAAGUCAAUAUCUCUGAGUAAACAAAGGUGAUAAAGCGGGAAAUGUGUCAGCUGGCGAGCGAAGAAACUGCUGAAAAACUGUUUUAAUUAAGGCCAUGGAGCAUUGACUUAAGGCACUGAGAACGCCACCAAAUCCCCGAUCCCCGCCAGGCAAUGUUGGAGCCAACGCUAACACCCGAUCUGGAGGAGGGCAUUGUCGGGCUUAGUCUGGACGAUGUGGAUGUGGACUCGGUGCCAGAGCGCAAGCCACACUUUCUCGACUACGAUGCAGUGCCGCCGCCGGAUUAUGAAGAUGGUCUCGGGGCGAGUUCCGGGGAGCAAUUGAAGAUGGACAAGAAGUAUGAGCGCGAUGGGGAGAUCAGUGAUUACGAGCUAGCUGCCAGUGGCUACACAAAGAAGGAGUUCACCCAGGACGACAAUACUUUGCACUUCACCCAGAGCGUUUCGGGAUCUGGAGCCGUGGGCAAGAAGCCGGCUGCCAAGCAUUUCCUGGACGAGAAUCCUAUUCCGCCGGAUUACAUGUUGGCGCAGGAAUUACGAGAGAUGCGAGAGCACCGCAGCCUGGACAGAAACUUUGAGCGGCAAUCGGCGCAGCAGCAGCAAUUGGAAGAGUUGCCUCCAAGAAAUGGAGGUGGAUCUCCAGCCAGUGCAGGUCGACCCUCUCGCAGCAAGGAGCCCUCCUACACGCUCUCUCGAUUUCUGGACGGUGACUCCCCUGCUCCUGCUCCGCGGCUGCCCAAAGGAGCCGCCUGGACAACGAGCUUUGACGAGCGGUACAGCACCUCGGCAGUGGAUGCUACCUUAGGCUCAAAGGUGGAGUGUGUUUACUCUUUGCUCUCCAUGCUGGGCUCUAACGAUCCACUGGAAAUGGCCAAGAAGUUUUUGGAGCUUUCGGGGAGCACGCAAAGCUGCGCCACACUGCGACGCUCCGGCUGCAUGCCGCUGCUGGUGCAGAUGAUGCACGCCCCAGACAAUGAUCAGGAAGUGAGGAAAUGCGCUGGCCAGGCACUGCACAAUGUAGUGCACAGUCAUCCGGACGAGAAGGCUGGACGGCGGGAGGCAAAGGUGUUGCGUCUGCUUGACCAGAUUGUCGACUAUUGUUCCUUCCUGAAGACGCUCCUCCAGAGCGGGGGCGAGGCCAUAGCCGAUGAUUCCGAUCGUCAUCCCCUGGCGGCCAUCUCGUCCCUGAUGAAGGUCAGUUUCGACGAGGAACAUCGGCAUGCCAUGUGCGAGCUGGGAGCCUUGCACGCAAUACCGAACCUCGUGCACCUGGACCAUGCCGUCCACGGACCAAAGCCGGAGGAUCAGUGCUGCAAUUCGCUGAGGAGAUAUGCCUUGAUGGCCCUGACCAAUCUGACCUUUGGAGAUGAGAACAACAAGGCACUGCUGUGUGGACAAAAGCAGUUCAUGGAGGCCCUGGUGGCCCAGUUGGACUCUGCGCCAGAUGAUCUACUUCAGGUUACUGCGAGCGUGCUGCGCAAUCUUUCCUGGCGUGCGGAUAGCAACAUGAAGGCGGUUCUUAAUGAGAUUGGCACGGUGACGGCUCUGGCCCUGGCGGCCAUGCGGAAUAAGAGUGAGAACACUUUGAAAGCCAUUCUCUCGGCCCUGUGGAACCUCUCGGCACACUGCAGCACCAACAAGGCGGAGUUUUGUGCCGUAGACGGAGCCUUGGCGUUUCUAGUUGGAAUGCUGAGCUAUGAAGGUCCAAGUAAAACGCUAAAAAUUAUCGAAAACGCCGGCGGAAUUCUUCGAAAUGUGUCCAGCCACAUUGCUGUAUGUGAACCAUAUCGACAGAUCCUGCGUCAGCACAAUUGCCUGGCCAUCCUGUUGCAGCAGUUGAAGUCUGAAAGCUUGACGGUGGUCAGUAACUCCUGCGGCACUCUGUGGAACCUCUCGGCGCGGUCUCCCGAGGACCAGAAGUUCCUCUGGGACAAUGGCGCAGUGCCAAUGUUGCGUUCGUUAAUUCACUCUAAGCACGCCAUGAUCUCAGAGGGCAGCUCGUCGGCCCUAAAGAAUCUGUUAAACUUUCGCCCUGCAGUCCAAAAUCAACAUCAACUGGACCCCAUUGCUCGUUCCAUGGGUCUGAAGGCUUUGCCCACUCUGGAGGCUCGCAAGGCAAAGGCGUUGCAGCAGGAGCUGGGCGAACGACAUACCGCGGAGACGUGCGACAAUUUGGAUACUGGUGGCAAGCUGGCCAAGGAACGGGGUUCCAGCUCAUCCGGACGACAUCGUGCUGUGCCCCGCUUAACUCGAUCGGCAAUGCUCACAAAGAGUGAGAGCCGCGACUCAGUUUACUCGGCCAAGUCGGACUCUGCUUACGAUCACCUGAUACGCUCCGCAUCAGCCUCGGAUGCCCAUCGCAAGAUGAAGCCAAAGAUGACAGAUUUCGAGCUAGAAAUGGAGCAGGACACAGAGGUCACCGAGGAGCAGCCAAUUGACUAUUCGGUCAAAUACAGCGAGAGUGCCACCAAGACCUCGACAUAUCAAGAGACGGACCUUGAUCAGCCCACGGACUUUAGCCUGCGCUAUGCGGAGAACCAAAUUGAAUCCGACAUGGACAUAUCAGGAUCUGCAGGCGCUGCAAAGAAUACUUCAACACCAGCUGAGGCAGGGCCUGUUAAAUCCGAGGGACAGGAGAUCCUCUUGAUUCUAGAUGACAGUGUCAAGUGCUACCAGACCGAGGAUACUCCAUAUGUUAUAUCUAACGCAGCUUCCGUUACCGAUCUACGAUCGGCGGUUAAAGCCGAAGCUGACGUGGAACCCAAAAUAGAAGUUAGAGAUGUGGCUACCAAGGGCGGAGCACCCAAGAAGUCUACAAAGAUUUCGCAGUGCGGAUCAGGCUCCUAUACGCCAGAGAAACCCAUUAAUUACUGCGAAGAGGGAACACCCGGUUACUUCAGCCGCUAUGAUUCCCUAAGCAGUCUGGAUGAGGCUGGCAAAGCCAAUCAGGCUACUGUAGGGUCAGAGUCAAAGUCAGCGAAGCAAGAGGAAUCCCCGCCAGCUGAACAGAUUCUGGCCAAACCAACUACGCAAGGCAGUUCUGCUUUGGAAACUCCACUUAUGUUUUCGCGUCGCAGCUCCAUGGAUUCCCUAGUUCAUGAUCCCGAUGUGGAUGUGGCCAACUGCGAUGAUAAGAGCUCGGUGGUUAGUGACUUUAGUCGUCUGGCCAGUGGAGUUAUCUCUCCCUCAGAGAUUCCAGAUUCCCCCACACAAAGUAUGCCACAAUCUCCGCGACGAAAUAGUGCCGCAGGACCUGGUUUGGUGACGAAUGUGAGUGCUUCACCCGCUCCGAUUUCUUCCAACCAGCGACCACUACGCAGCGUCUUUGAGGAUGACCUUAGCAGCUUCAAUGUGGAGCAUACACCGGCCCAGUUCUCCACAGCCACCAGUUUGAGUAAUCUCAGCAUCGUGGACGAUGAAAAGGCACCGGCAAGCGUGGCUGAGGAAGACAACGAAGACGAACUUCUGCUGGCCAACUGCAUUAACAUGGGCAUGCAACGUAAGCCGGCAGAGAUUGUGACGUCCGGGCGAGUUGAUCCCGAAGUUGGUGUGGUUGAGGAAACCACUCGCAGCUAUUGUACUGAGGAUACACCUGCGCUCCUCUCCAAGGUUGCCAGCAAUACCAACCUCUCGGCCAUUUCCUUGAGUUCCAAUGAACCAAAGGAUCCCGUAAUUGAUCACCCACAGGUCUACGCUCAUCAGCUCUCCGAUGAUGUGUCCUCCAAUACCUCAGACUGUGGUGGAGCAGCUGGUCACCUGCUGCAGCAGUGCAUCCGCGAUGGUAUGCAGAAGCCGCUUUCUGAAGCUAGUCCAGAUCCCAUCGCCAUGCUACGACGCGGUGGCAACAAUCUUCCCAGCUACCAGCCAUCCGCUGAUGAGAUGAGCAAGUUUUUGGUGGAAGACAGCCCUUGCAACUUCUCCGUGGUUUCAGGCCUCUCAAAUCUUACAGUGGGUUCCAGUUUGGUUGGGCCAGCAGUGCAGCUCAAGGAGUCCCUGGGAUCUGGUGGAGAUUCAAAGCCGCCUGGAAUCGAGACAUCUUCCAGACAAGAGCAAAACCGACGGCCGCCGCAUUGGCAAGAUGAUUCGCUAAGCUCCCUAUCCAUUGACUCGGAGGAUGACACGAAUCUACUGAGUCAGGCUAUUGCCGCUGGCUGCAAUAGACCCAAAUCGAAUCUUGGCUUCAGCUCGAACGGCAAGCGCUCCAGCUCGCUAAGCUCCUCGCAGCCCAUAGCCAUCAAUGCGGCCACUUCGGCCUCCUCCUUGAACUCGGUCAUGACUGUUCGCAAGCACCAGCAGCAGGAAUCGUAUAGCUCCGUUGAUUCAAGCGACUCCAACGACAAUCAGUCAAAGUCGCUCUUUGAGCUGUGCAUACUGAAGGGCAUGUACAAGUCCAAGGAACCUGGAACUAGGUCACAGCAAUUGCAACAGCAGCCCAUAAUUGGUGCGUCCUCCACUCAAUCGGAUCCCAAUCUCAAGCAGUUCGACUCCCUGCCGGUGCAGCUGCCAUCAAGUGGACAAUCCAAGCGACAGCGGCAUCACCAUCACCACCAUCAUCAUCACCGGGAGCGGGAGCGAGAGCGCAAGGACGAGAAGCUGCUGCAGGAGUGCAUCAAUACGGGCAUCUCCAAGAAGAUCAGCACCGUGCCAAAAAACGUCCUGGCUACGUCUGCAGCUGCAUUGGAACCGUGUCACCCAAUGGCAGCUAUUACAUCAGCAAGUGCCCUCAGCACAGCAGCUCCAGACGUAGAGCAGAAAGCGCACGCCACCAGCAAUCCGCACCCGCUCCCGAGCAGCCUCAACCCGAAUCUUAUCGCCGCCACCGACAUCGGCACGGCAAGAAGUCCAGCAAUUCCAGGUCAAGGGAACGGGAACGAGCUCGAGAGCGCGAAUCAGAGCGGUCUCGCGACCGCUAUUGGGUCUAAGGACUUUGACGCGGAGGAUCGUUCCAGCGAUGAGUCGAAUCAGUCCUUCAUAUUGGACACCAUGGUCAGGUUGGACAGUGUGCCCAACGAAACCUGCAUUUCUGGAGCCAAUGAGAGACACAAGGACCCUGACCUAAUGUUGAAGUCCGUGGAGAGAUUGACCCUGGAGUUUGUCACAUCGGCGGAGCAGUUGCGAAGCAGCAGCAACAACCACAGCAGCAGCAAUAGUCACAAGAAUACCAGCAGCAACAACACCUGGAACGAGCACACUUGUCCCAAUGAUGUGAGUUUCCCCAGCGUUAGUCAAACGGCUCCUGCUCUGGCUUCACUGAGCCUAGAUGAUGAUAUUACCGAGGCGAAAUCCCUGAAAGAGUUGGUCGAGAUCACGCCCACAAAUGAGCAACCCGUAUCGUUGGAGGGCGAAACAGAUACCUUGGUCAACGGACAUUGUGACAGCUACUCGGGAUCUUCGGGCGGCCUUAACUUCCAGUUGGGCGGUCAGGUUCAAAAUGCCGGGGUGAGAUUGGAGCCCCAGAGGCUGCUUUUUAAUGGAACCAGUGCCUCAAUGAUGAGUAACUCCACAAUGAUUGCCUCCGAGGCUCGUGCGCUGGCAGAAAAUCUACUGCAGCCCGAUGCCGGUGACAUUGACAACACGGAGAUGACCUUUAGCAUUAACAGCCUGGAUCUGGAUAAUGUGCGUCCACCAUCGGGAAUGGAAUCACUGAAUAGCUGCUAUCAGGAGCACUCCCAGCCGAGUUCCCUGCGCCAGCAACUACCAAGCAAGAGUCCCAGAUUCGCUCGUAAAAUGUUCCCAGCCAACUUGGUGGCUAGACGAGCUCUGGGUCACCUGGCGGGCAGUGCAGAGAGUGUGAACUCCAGCUGCAACUUGCUGGACAACAUCAAGCCCCCCUCGUUGAUGGACGAGCUGCUGGACUCAAUGAUCAGUGUGGACAGUAUCCAGUCGGAGGUGGCCGAUGGCGAGCAGGACUGCAGUAUGGCAACCACCAUUUCAGUGUCCAACUACGAGACUGCUCCUUGCAAUGAUCACACGCUAACAGUGCUCCAGAGCUGCUUCGAUGAAGACGAAGAUGCCACUAUGAAUGACUACAGCUCGGCAGAGUCCACUCCCAAGCAGGGAACCACUCCUUCUCCAAAUCGCCGCUCUCUUACCCCAAAGCAGAAGCGUCGGCUGGCCAAGGAUCGCUACAAGACCUACACCAUAGCCACCAGCAGUGAUGUGGAGGCAUUGGAGGCCAACGAAACGCUUCAGAUCGAGAUUUUGGAGACAGCAGCGCCGGUGGCCACAACCUCACCGCGUGCCAAUGGACGGAGGAGAGGCAGUGCUGAGCGAUAUAAGACCCAGUUGAUUGAGUGCCCCCGGGCCUUGAUUCAGCCUCAAGUUGAUGAUUGCCCCAGCGAGCAGCUGUCCUCGAUUAGGGCGAUGAUGCAACAGUUCACCUACAUCACGGAUAUCAAUAUAGGACAGAAUCAGACCACAGUGGAGCCCGCUGACCUUGCAGGAGAGGCGGAAGAGUCCCCAGAGUGUGAUCAGAACUCGGAAACAGAGUCCUGUGAUGGCCAGGAGCCACAGCAAUUGCCUCCUCCGCCACCAUUGGUAGAAGUCAAAGCUCCUGCUAUCAAACCCACAACUCUGGAGCCCGCCACAGCUGUGAAACUGGUGCGAGGUCGCAAGAAGCCGGCCUAUGUCUCACCCUACAGCAUGCAGAGUCAACGGAAUAGCAAUAAUGCAGCCACGGCCAAGAAGAAGACCCUCUCACCAACUAUUGCCAAAAGGAGUGUGGUGCCCAGCGUAACGGGUGUAAAGUUGCCAGCCAAAAAGAAGUCAACGCCGCCACCACCAGACCCAGCUCAAGCUACGGUUCCGGCUCCGCCUCGUUUGGAACGCCAGGGAACGUUUGUCAAGGACGAGCCGACGAACUCCAAUGAACAAGUGCCCGUUGUGGAGGCGAAACCCGCUCAAACCAGUCCCGGUCAUCGGGCCUCAAAGCUGCCCACCAAGAAGACCGCAGCUGGAGGUGAUUCACCGGCUAAGGCUGGCUCUCCCAAGAGGAUUGCUUCAGCGCCGGUGCGACGUGUGACGCCUGUUAGGGCGAAUACCAGCCUACGCUUGGCUGGAACCAAGUCCACGGCUGCCUCUCGUGUGGUUUCCAGUCGGGUUUCGUCCACUACUCCUCCAUCCCGCAGUAAUUCCAAUCUAAAUGGUACCAGUGCUGCUGCAGCGGCGGCUGUGAAGAUCAACCAGGCCCAAAGCCGUAUUGCCAACAUCUGGAAGCGAGUGGACGAGGCCAAGACAAAGCAAUCGUCGUCCAAUCUCAAGCAAACACAGCAAACGAAAUCUUCCAGUACACUGAAUGCCAAUGGGAUUGGGAAUGGAAAGAAGCCAACGCUCUUGCGCAGCUCCACAUUUGACAACUCGCCGAAUGGUACCGCAGGCGGUGGAGGCGUAAAGUCCAAAUUACCCGUAGUGGGAUCCCGCAAAUAAGUGGAGAACAACGAAUUCCCGCUUACCUUACAUAAUCACAAGUCGGCCAAGCGAUUCCGAACAGGAACAGGACUGUAUUUUGUAUUUUUUCGCGCAUUUUUAUUGGAACGGAACACGCACACCCAGUCCACAUCCACAAGAGUCAAGAAGAGUUGAAAUCAAAGAAUUUUAGGGUAGAAGGCAAUAUACAUACAUAAUUUUAUGUAAUCACAUUAUUCUACUCUCCCUCUACUUGAUAUAAUAUAUAUAUAUAUUGUACACGUA